AUGGAAACUAAGUUGCAUGUGGAUUGCGAGGGUGGUCAUAGGGAAAAGUGUGUAGUUGAGGGUAUUCCUUCUUUUAAUUUAGGAAUUGAUGAUGAUAUGCAUACUCCUCCAAAAGUGAGUCCAGAUGUUGUUGUUAAUAAAUAUGGAUCGGCAAAUUUGUCCGGGAAAUCUGGAUUUAUUGAAACUAAGUUGCCUCUGGAUUGUGAGGGUGGUCAUAAGGAAAAGUGUGUAGUUGAGAUUAUUCCUUCUAUUAAUUUAGGAAUUGAGGAUGAUAUGUAUACUCCUCCAAAAGUUAAUCCAGGUAUUGAUAGUUAUGUGCACAGUAAUUUUGUUUCUGUUGGAACAAGUUCUGAUUCAGUCAAAGGGAAUGAACCUAAGUCUUGCGAUGAAAGUGAAAAAGUUAAAAUUCUUGAGAAAUAUAUGAUUUCAUCGAGACCAAAGAGAAGUCACACGUUACCUCCAGUGCUUAGGUCUCCAUUUGUUGAUCUUGCAUACAUGCAUAGUGAAGCAUGUAAAUAUGAUGAUGUGUACGAGAAUUUUAAAGAAAAUGUUUUUCAUUGUUUGGGAGAGUCUAAAGAACGAAGAAAUUUAAAAGGAAUUGAUUUGGUGUUCUUUCCUGCAUGUGCAAACAGUCACUAUUUUGUGUUUGUUUUUUAUUUUAAAAACCGAAAAGCUGUCAUAUUGGACAACAUAUUGUAUAGAUCUUCUAAAAAACCAUACCCACAUCUAACUCAAAAUCUGAAAUAUAUGUUUGGUAGAUAUCUUCAAGACAUAAAACAUUUUAUGGCUUUUUCAGUUAUGUAUGAAAUGGAAUUUGUUGAUCAAUAUAUGACGUUGAAAACAAGAGGUAACAGUAAUGAUUGUGGGAUUUUUUUGAUGCGUCAUAUGGAAACUUAUAAAGGUGGUCCUUUAGCUCAAUGGAGAUUUGGUUUUAAAAUGGAAAGUGUUAAGCAGAUUUUGCGACUUAGAAAUCUUCGAAGAAGAUAUUCUAUGAAAAUUCUGUUGAGUGAAGUAAAUCUAAUGAAAAAUGAAGUUGAGCAACUUCUUGUUGAUUAUCAAAAGCUUUCUUCAAAUGACAGGCGUGUAAUUUAUCAUGAAGGCAUUAUCAAUAUAGCAGCUCGGUUACCUGCUUUUGGUCCUUGA